CUCAUUCUCAUUUUCUUUCUCAUUACAAAACCCUUCUCUUCUCUCUCACAAACUCACCCCAACUCUCUCUGCACACACACACUCUCUUUCUCUCUCUUUGUCUAAGCACCUAAGAGCAAAGGAGAGCUUCCAAGGUUUCCCAAAUGGCAGAGCAAGAGAACUGUGUGCGCAUCACUCGCGCAGCCAAAAAGAGAGCCUUGUCUGCAGCUUCAGGCUCACCUAACAAGAAGCGAGUGGUGUUGGGGGAGCUUCCGAACUUGUCAAACGUUGUUGUUCCGGUGAACAACAAGCCUGUAACGAAGACAAAGCCAAAGGCAAAGAAGGCAUUAACGACAACGUUAAUAAGGACAACAAAGGGUAGUCCCACAAAGGUGGAAAUCGAUGAUAGUUGUGAUGAUCCCCAACUUUGCGGAGCUUAUGCCUCCGACAUUGAUGACUAUCUUCACAAAAUGGAGAUGGAGACAAAGAGAAGGCCAGUGCCGAAUUACCUUGAGAAGGUUCAGAAGGAAGUUACUGCUAACAUGAGAGGGGUUUUGGUGGAUUGGUUGGUUGAGGUUGCAGAGGAGUAUAAGCUUCUUCCAGACACUUUGUAUCUCGCUAUUUCAUAUAUUGAUAGAUUCCUAUCUUUGAACGUUGUCCAUAAGCAGAAGCUUCAAUUGUUGGGUGUUUCUUCAAUGCUAAUUGCCUCGAAGUAUGAGGAAAUUACUGCUCCAGAUGUGGGUGAUUUUUGUUACAUUACGGAUAAUACAUAUCCUAAGGAGGAGGUGGUGAAGAUGGAGGCUGAUAUACUCAAGUCACUAAAGUUUGAAAUGGGCAAUCCUACAGUAAAGACAUUUUUAAGAUUCACUAGCGUUGCUCAAACGAACAACAAAAGUCCCAAUUUGCAGUUAGAGUUCCUUGGCUAUUAUCUUGGGGAGUUAAGUUUGUUAGACUAUAACUGUGUGAAAUUCUUACCUUCCUUGGUGGCUGCAUCAGUUAUCUUUCUUGCAAAAUUUAUCAUUCAGCCAAUGAUACAUCCUUGGUGCGCAACACUGCAACAAUAUUCUGGAUACAAACCAGCUGAUUUAAAGGAUUGUGUUCUUAUCAUACAUGACUUGUAUGUUAGUAGAAAAGGAGGCUCUUUACAAGCCAUAAGAGAGAAAUACAAGCAGCAUAAGUUCAAAUAUGUGGCAAGUAUGCCUUCUCCUCCAGAAAUACCUGCUUCUUACUUUGAAGAUCUAAAAGAAUGACAGAUUGGUAUUUGGGUUAUUUAUGGAUAACCAAGUGGAAAAGUUGAAUGUGGGAUGGAAAUGGAUGUUUCAUUCAGUAGACGACUUGCUUUCAGUUGCACUGGCUAAUGUUGAGUGAUGGGAGGUUCUGCAAACUACAUUAUGUGCUGUGAAGGUUGGCAAAAUUCUUUUGGAUAAUUGCUGUGGCAGGAGGUUUUAGGAUGGACAAAUUUCUGGUGAAGAGGGGCAAAUAACUUAACAUCAAUUCCACUUGUAAAUGGUUAUGCACCUCUAGAGUACUUUGAGAUUAAAAGGAAGCUAGAGAUGUAUGCUAUGGAGGAAUGUUACUAGAGCUACUAUAGUUUUUUAUAGUCUGCUCCAAAAUGGCCAGCCAGUAAACCCAGAAUGUUACAGUGAUUGCCUUGUUGGUGCAUUAGAGUUGCCACCUCAAACUGGAAAAUGUUCCCUUCACCUACCAAAACUCUGAUCGAGGAAGCCAAGUAUUGAUUGUGAACACGAAGACAUCCCUGGAAACGUGAUUUCUGUAUGUUUCCAUCAGUUAAGGAUGGUAGGUUGUGUAAAUAUCUAGUUGGGCAGAUAGUCAGUGUGACUGUUGAUGAGUAAACUUCAAGCUUGGGCACUGAUUCAAAAUUUUGGGAUCCUGCAAUCAAUUGCUAAAAGAACAUAGAAUAAAUUUUCCAAUAUCUGACAGACUGAUUCUUUUUAACCUCCUCCAUAGGGUGUAAUUGUAGAACAAUAUUUAUAAGUUGACUUUAUUUUCUCUCCAUUGUCGUAGUAGCAGACUAGCAGCAUUAUCUCUAUGUGAUGUCAUAUUUAUUGGAUUUUAUGGGAAAUAUAUCCAUCUUUCAACAA